AUGAAAAACGCAAAUGGAAAUACACGUUCACUUACGUGCAACGAGAGUAUAGAAGAGAAGAAAAAAUGGCUAAGCACAAUUAAGGGAGACGACACAAUCCACUUCAAAAAGGGGGUAGACAGCAAAAACUUGAAAAAUGCAGCUCUGUUAUUUUUUAAAGAAAAAAAUAUGUACAAUGAGGAAAAUGUGGCCAUCUUAAAUGCCUUCUGUAAGGAAAAACUAGACGACCAUCUCGUAAAUGAAGAAAUUGUAGAAUUUCUGCAGAAAGCGUUUUUCCUGUAUGAAUAUUUCAUUAAGGAAAAAAAACCCAACAAAAUUAGCAACAAAAUUGGCAACAAAAUUAGCGACAAAAUUAGCAAAAAGGAAUUCAUUGAAAAUGUAUGUGACUGCUGCAGAAGAAUAUUUUUAAAAAAUAUUAUAAAAAAUGAAAAAGAAAUUUUAGACUUUUUGCUAAAAAAUUUAAUCAACUUUAUUAACCAACAUUCCUUCUUCGGAAUAUAUCGGUCGCUAUACAACAUAUCUCAGUAUCAAAAUAAAAACUUCAGACGGGCGAGCGAAUAUGCAGACAGAAAGUUCCAGUUGCUGCUUAACGUUGUACGGAGGGAAGUUAACGGGGGGAGUUUACUUGUUAAUGAUAACAGGUUCAAUUUGGAUGGACUUUUCCUGCCAGAUGAGAAUGACGAGAAGGAGAUGAGGGAGUACUAUGCGAGCAUAGUGACCAGUGCAAAGCCAGGGAGCGAAGCGGCCACGAAGGGAAGCGGCAAGGAGGAAGAGGCUGUCACGAAGAAAGGAGGAAAGGAGAGAAAAAAGGGUACUAUAUUAAAAAGCAUAGACGGCCGUGAUGGUGGUGACCAGGCGGGAGAGACCUUGCCACCAGGAACAAUCACACAAAUAGAGUGUCUAGACAAAGAACUAGAUUGCUUCUACCUGUUCCUGUAUUUCCAAUCCUGCUUCGAAAAUGUCAAUUUUUACUUAAUAGAAAAAUUUAUCGAAAAUUACUACAUUAACCAAGGCAAGGAGAACAUCUACAAGGAGCUAUUUCUGUUUUUGUUUUUAAUUUACAAAGAUAAGAUGCACAGUGUUGUGGAUGGCAUUUUGAUCAACACGAUAAAUUAUUUGAGCAAGACAAAUGAUACAGAAGUGAGAAAAAAAAAAAAACUCUUAAAUGAGGAAGUGGAAAUGGUGGACCAAAAAGUGCACCUCUCAGAUUACCUGUUUUACUUCGAAUUGCUUAUAAAUAUUAUCACCUUCAAAAAUCUGCAGUAUAAAAAUAAUUACGAAUAUUACAUACACAUGCUGAAGUUACUAUGCGAAAAUGACCAGUUGCAGGAAUUAUUCACAUCCUCGCUGUUUUUCGUUUUUAUUAGUGCUGAGGAAGGCGCUGUGCGAAAUAUGCUGCUGGCCAAUUUUUCAAAAUACCAUUCGAGAAAGCAUCAACUUUUAUCGAAAUUUUUUAUUCACCUGAAGAAUGUGUUUCGUUUUAUAUACGAUAUGGAUAGUGACCACUUAGUUUACAAUCACGUUACGUUUAACGGUGCACCUAUUGCCCCUUUUUUGCACCACACAGACAAUGGGGGAAAGAACCAAACAGAUAACAACACUGGCGUGAAAAUGAAACAGGAGUACCUCCCCUUUGUGGCAGAUAAUAUACACAUAGACAAAUAUAUAUGUGCAUUUUUUAAAGAAGCUUACUACAUCAUUAGCAGGAGCAACACAGACUACUUCUGCCAAGUGACAAAUUUGUACCUACACAUUUAUGACCACAUUUUCAAUAAGCUAAUAAACAUUAUUUACGAAAAUGAAAUGAAUUUGAAUGACGAAUUUUUUCAGAUCUGCGAAAGUAUCCUCAGACCCUUUUUAUUUAUAUACGUUGAAUUAUUUAACAAUUUUUUGGAAAAAUUUAAAGAAAAAAUAUUCAACGAACGGUUAAUGCUCUCUUUUGCUUUUAUUAAAAAGUAUCUUUUUAAAAGUCUAUACGAGAAGGCUUUCCAGCAGAAGGAUCUCUUCUACGUCAUUUAUCAAUUUUAUUUUUUGCUGUACGCGCUUAAGUACAACUUUCGAAACUUUUUAACUGCCCUGGUCAUGACCAAGCGGAAGGUAACGCACCAACUGCAAUUAUUCCUCAAACUCAAACAACAGAAUUGCACAAACGGGGUAAGCAAACCAAUACGUAGCGAUGCAGAGCACAACAGCAGCAGCACCAGCGACGGGGAUAGCGAUCACGACUCCACACACGGGCAGGGAAAAAAAAGGAAGGAUCAGGAAGUGGGUGACGCAAAGGAGAAGCGUAAUAGCCAAAAAAAAAGACAUCCAUCAGGAAACCACCCUGAGAGUGAACAAUCGGGCAACGAUUCGUCAGAAAAGGAAAAGGACAACUCGCUCCAGAUCGUGGAGAACAGCUUGGAAAACCCACAUAGCAAUGAGGAGAAGGAAAAAAAGAACAUAAUAAAUUUUUUCCAGAAAAAUUACUGGACAUUGAAAUAUUUCGAGGCAAACACGGAAAAGAAGCUGGAUGAGUUUUGCUCCCCCGAUUUUAGCGUACCUUUAGUCAUGAAGGAGACGCCCAAACUGAAGAAGCACAGCGUUGGCAGCAACCUGAGUGAUAAGAAAGAGAAGAGCACUGGUGAUGGGGGCAGCGCAGACGGACGAGAAGGGGCAGGCACCAAGGGGUACGAUCCAACAAGGGAGGAAGAUGAAAAAGGGAGAUUCGUGAAAAAGCUACACUCUUUCUUAUCCAAAAAAAAUGAAGUAGAUAAACUCAUAAAUGAGCUCUUUCUGAACAAUAAGGACAACGUGUAUAGCAAAAUUUUAAAAACCAAUUUGGCUAUAAUAAAACAGCUAGCUAACACCCGCAUGGAUGUACUUUAUCCCAUUUUUAAUGCCAGCCUGGUGUUCCUAUUUGACGACUUUUAUUUUUUCAUCAUACAGAAUAUAAAGUUAGUCAUUGAAGGAAAGGAAAAAAAACUCACCAAUCACAGAAUAUUUUUAAAUAUGUCCUUCAUAUUGCUGCACACCUUCUUGAAGGAUGUGAAAGUGGAGAAGUACCUCGUGUCCAUUUUUUACAUUUUAAGAUUGGCACUAAAUAAGAUGAAGAAAAUUAAAAUAAUAGACCAACAAAAAAUCCAGGGAAAUAACGCCAACGAAGUAUAUAAUAAAAAUACGAAGAAAUUUGAAAAUAAUGUAAAAUAUUAUAACCUUAGGAAGGAUAAGGAUGUCGUAAAGGCGAACAAAUCAGAGGUGGAGGAAGAAAAUGAGAGCGCAGAGGAUUUGCAAAUGUCCCCUGAUAAGAGAGCCACUGCCACCCUGGGCAAGAUUGAAGAAAAGGUAAAAUUCUAUCAGAACAUUUUUUAUAUUUUUUUAAAAUUGCUUCAAAAUAUUCUGAAGGAGAAUAACUUGUACUACAAUUUCAAAUUCAUCAUUUAUGAUAUUUUAUUUUGCGAGUUUUCCAACAAGGGAAUCAUCUUCUCGUGCAUGAAGUGCAUUCUGGACAGGGCCAAGGUGGAGGAGGUUUACGCGUACAGCUUGGCGGUGCUCAGCGGGAUGGAGCUUGAAUUGGGGGACGCAGAAAACGCGACGGGCAACGUCACUGACAACGUUACUGACAACAUUAAUGACAACGCAGCAGCCUGCCCAAACGGCAGUCACCUGUCACGCAUCCUGUCCAAGGGAAGUUCCUUCAAAGUGAACUUCUUCGAACCCAGCCAUGCGAGCAGCAAAAAGGUGUCCUCCCUCUACAUCAAUGUGAUAAUACUGUAUUUUAUCUUUACCCAGAAGAACAAAAACAACGAAAAGAGCAAACUAUACGACAGCUGCCUAAAAAUGAGUGUGGACGACUACUACAGCGUUGCCAACAAGAUGCUGUGCCUUUUGUACUCGAAGGAGAGGCAAAAUGCGUACUACGAGAGGUAUUUGAAAUAUCUGUGUUUGAAAAUUUUAAAAAAAAUUUAUUGUCUCUUUUCUAUAAAAGAGGCAGACAUGUACCUAACGCACCUGAAGCGGAACAGCACAGAGGAUAUAAUUUUUGAAGAUGAAAAACUGAAAAAUGUUAACCGCUUUAAGGAGGAGUUAAUUGGUUUAUUUAAGUUUUUGUCAAAUUAUGAAAUUAAGAAUUAUUUUGACAAAAAAAAUGGACAUAAAACAACCUCAGAAGAGUACAAAUUUUUCUUUUUAAAAAAUCUAACCUGUAACAAUCAUGUAUUGAAGAGUGAUAAUGUCUGCUUCCUGAUCAGCUGCUUACUUUUUCUCUUCAACCUAAGGUACGACAAGACAACUUUCUACAAAAUUGUGUACAUCAUUUUAGUAGAAAAAAGUGAAAACAAAAAUUAUAUUUUAAAAAAAGUAAUCUCCUCUGUGAAGAAAUUCAUCAAACUGGCAGAUACGUACAAUUGUGUGCAUAAGGAAAAUAAAAAAAGGAAAAUAAGACUACCAGCUCAUAUAACAAAUCAUUCUGUCCUGUUGUAUACAGUCCGAACGAGCAUUAUUCUGCUGCUCCUAAUGGACAGUAACAGUAUUAACAAACCAGCACUGGUUCAGGAAAAUUAUAUUACCUACCCAAACUUUCGAAGUUACUAUAUAAAAAAAAAAAACAUUAAAAACUACUACACACAGUUAAACUUGCUACUCUUUAGAAUUUUCUACAGUGAAAAAAUAUUGCCAUACUUCUUCAAAUUAUUUUUUAGUACAUUAUACGUUAUAUCCUUUAGAAAAUUGAACCAAAAUAAUUUUUACUUUUUCGAGAGAAUGUUAAAUCUGAAGGAUGACACGGAAGUUUGUAGUCCAACGGGUGGAGCGCCAAAACAAGGGGAGAAUGUGCACAACGGAAGCGAAGAUAAAUCAGCGCAUCUGCUGGAUGAUAAUAGCAUUCAACUAAGCGAAAAGUCGAAGGGGCAAUCGUCCAGCCAGACAAACGAAGAAAAUGAGCAAGUCGACAAAAAAGACAAGAAGAUGGGAAAAGAACACGUGGGAGGCGAAAAAAAUAGGGACAGCAAGAUAAAACCAGCGAAACGCACUGCAGGGGUGAAGAGAAAACACCUGAAGGAGGAGAAAAAUUCGGACGAACUUUCGGAUGAACGUUUGGAGGAAGGCUCGGAUGAUCAUUCAGUGGAAGACCCACAAGAGGGAAGCACCGCUUCCGAAGAAAUGAAUAAAAAUUACCGGGCAAUUUUGCGAAGCCGUAAUGGAAAAAUGACCACGUUGGAUAAUAAGCAGGACGAUAAAACAAAGAAUGUGGAUAAAAAGUACAUCAAAAUGGAAGACAGUUCGAGCAGCAACUCAACAUCCGACUCAGAUGUGUCGUUCAAAAUAGGAACAAAAAAGAAGAACACUCGAAAAAAUUUGGACACGAAUAAUAGUGUUCCCAGUGGGAAAAAAAGGAAAGUGCCCUCCAACAGCUCGGAAAAUACAACAACUGAGGAGAAGAAAAAGACACAGAAAGGAACUUCCCCACAGGAGAAAAUGCAAAAACAGUCAUUCAACAAGCGGGAAGAGGUUAAAGGGGACAUAAUGGACGAGACAGGUGCAUUGAACGUGGUGGAAGGACAGGGUGAGGGAGACACAGGCGGAAGUCCAGGAGUGGCUUCACCAACCGGUGUUGCAACGGGUGAUGAAAGUGACUCCACGGAAAACUUCCUAUUCAACGGAUCGCUGUCCUUAAAAAUUUUAAACCAUUUCAUAUUUAUCUGCAAAGGCUUCCAUGAGGAUUUGGAGAUAAAAAUAUACAACGGUGUAAUAGCAUGCUUAAAGGAAAACGAAAACGACAAGGAAAAAUUGAAAAAUAUUUUAACUCUUCAGUUCAGUGAAGAGGAAAAAAGUUCCACAAAAUAUAAGAAGAAAUUACAACUGCUGAAAAUUAUUCAAACAAAAAUUAUCUUCCUCACUUUUAUAAAAGAUAAUUUAAAAAAGAGGAAAUCGCUCAUAUCACGAAUGAGUGAAUUGAACUUGAAUAUUUUUAAAAACAAACCCAUGUUUAACAUUGAGUUAGAUUUCGUCUGA